GUAUGUAUCUGUCUGACCUGACGUAUAUAGACUCAGCGUAUCCCUCUACUGGCAGCAUCCUGGAGAAUGAACAGAGAUCCAACCUCAUGAACAACAUCCUGAGGAUUAUAUCUGACCUGCAACGCUCCUGCACCUACGGUACACACACACACACACACGCACACACCCAUGCACACACCCCUCCCUACUUCAUACCCUAAGACCUUUUCUCUGUCUGUAUAGAUAUACCAAUGUUGCCUCAUGUCCAGAAAUAUCUCAACUCAGUCAUGUAUAUCGAGGAGCUACAGAAGUUUGUGGAGGAUGACAACUACAAGUGAGUAGUGGCUCUGUUAGGUUAAUGGAGUUUGAUUAGUUUGACCUUUAUUGGAAGUCAUAAUCAGGUAUGUGUUAUGUGGUUCUCAUGUGUAAUGUUGUGUUGUAUUGUGUUCAGGUUGUCGUUGAAGAUUGAGCCUGCCACCAGCACCCCCCGCUCGACUGCCUCUAGAGAGGACCUUGUAGUUUCGGAUGCAUCUGCCUCUCCUCUGUGUGGCCGUAAGGGCCCCAUUGCAGACGGAACCAAAGUCCCUCCCACGCCCCCCUCCCCCCGGAACCUCCUCCCCUAUGGACACAGGAAGUGUCACAGCCUGGGCUACAAGUGAGUCACCCUCUACCGCAGGCUAACUUUAGCAUCCAUUACCACAUAACAUCUGAAUGCAAUGCUUCCCACUUCAGAAUCUUCUGGAUUCCAAUCAAUAAUCACCCCCAUGUGCUCUUUUAGGGAUUUCGCAAAUGUUACUGCAUUGGUUAAUUGGUUGUCAUAUGUUUUCUAAUAGUUAUUUUGUUUCUCUGUAGUUUUAUUCAUAAGAUGAAUACGGUGGAGUUUAAGAGCGCUACGUUCCCCAAUGCUGGUUCUCGUCAUCUAUUGGACGACAGCGUCAUGGAGAGCCACACCCCUACAAGAGGACAGGCCGAGAGCUCAACGCUCUCCAGCGGCAUCUCACUGGGUUAGACACACACACACACACACACACACAACUGUGUUCUUAUUCCUGUCUGUUGACUUUGACAGUAACACUGUCUGUCUGUGUAUCUGCAGGGAGCAGUGAGGGUUCAGAACUCAGUGAAGAGAUGUCCUGGCCAGCCUUUGAAAGGUAAGUCUGCACGCGCACACACACACACGAUGAUGUGUGAAUCUCUUUGACGAAAGCUUAGCCUACAGGCAAGCAGCACUUACUGCCUUCUGAGCUGCUGUUCAGUGGGCAAACACAGUCUAGUGGUGUGCAGACGACCAGGGUUCAAACCCAGUAACUGGUCACAUAAGCCCUUAUGUCCGAGCGUCCGAUGCUCUGUACCAAAAACACCAGUCCUGAAAGAACCUGAAGAAAAAACAACCGUCCUCAUCCCAACCCUCACAAUUUUGAUAGAAUGAACCGAGCUGAGAGAACCCAACCUUUACUGUUCCAUGCCCCCACCCUGUCCCUGUCCUCUGCUGAACAGGACUCGGUUCUAUCACUCUCUGGGCCCUGUGACCCGCGUGGCCAGAAUCCCCUACAAAGGAGGCCUGAGGCCCAGCAGGUACACAUACAUUUCCCCCUACUCUACAACCCUCUCAACACCCUCGCCCCCUUCUCAACUCCCUCUCCACCCUGCCAUCUGCCGCCCAUAUCCCCUCUGUUUGCCCGAGGGCCACUGUGUGCUGGUGUGUGUGUUGAAGGUGGUGGGAGUGUGUGUGUGGUAUAAUCGGGUGGUGGGACUCUGUGGGAGAUUCUCCGCUAAACCAGACCAUCUUAGCAACACUCUCAUUCUCCCUGUAUGGUAUCUUUCACACAUGCAUUUUAAUGACUUGUUUACACCUCAAACAUUUAUACGGGAUUGUCAAUUAAACUUUAUGCAAUAUGGAGCCUGCAGGUUUUCUAAGAGGUGACUGAGUUUCCAGUUUACCACACUGCUGGGAGUUCUGCCCUCUGUCAGUCAGUCAUAGACUUCUAUUCUAGCUCCAUUGGUUCUCUCUGUCAUAUAUACAGUGCCUUCGGAAAGUAUUCAGACCCCUUGACCUUUUCCACAUUUUGUUAGGUUACAGCCUUAUUCUAAAAUUGAUUUAAAAAAUAUUUUAAAAAUCCUCAUCAAUCUACACACAAUACCCCAUAAUGACAAAGCAAAAACAGGUUUUUAGAAAAUGUUGCUAAUUUAUUAAAAAUAAAAAACAUAUCACAUUUACAUAAGUAUUCAGACCCUUUACUCAGUACUUUGUUGAAGCACCUUUGGCAGCAAUUACAGCCUUGAGUCUUCUUGGGUAUGACGCUACAAGCUUGGCACACCUGUUUUUGGGGAGAUUCUCCCAUUCUUCUCUGCAGAUCCUCUCAAGCUCUGUCAGGUUGGAUGGGGAGCGUUGCUGCACAGCUAUUUCCAGGUCUCUCCAGAGAUGUUCGAUCGGGUUCAAGUCCGGGCUCUGGCUGGGCCACACAAGGACAUUCAGAGACUUGUCCCGAAGCCACUCCUGUGUUGUCUUGGCUGUGUGCUUAGGGUUGUUGUCCUGUUGGAAGGUGAACCUUCGACCCCAGUCGGAGGUCCUGAGCGCUCUAGAGCAGGUUAUCAUCAAGAAUCUGUCUGUACUUGACUCCGUGUAUCUUUGCCUCGAUCCUGACUAGUCUCCCAGUCCCUGCCGCUGAAAAACACCCCCACAGCAUGAUGCUGCCACCACCAUGCUUCACCGUAGGGAUGGUGCCAGGUUUCCUCCAGACGUGACACUUGGCAUUCAGUUCAAAGAGUUUAAUCUUGGUUUCAUCAGACCAGAGAAUCUUGUUUCUCAUGGUCCGAGAGUCGUUUAGGUGCCUUUUGGCAAACUCCAAGCAGGCCGUCAUGUGCCUUUUACUGAGGAGUGGCUUCCGUCUGGCCACUCUACCAUAAAGGCCUGAAUGGUGGAGUGCUGCAGAGAUAAUUGUCCUUCUGGAAGCUUCUCCCAUCUCCACAGAGGAACUCUGGAGCUCUGUCAGAGUGACCAUUGGGUUCUUGUUCACCUCCCUGACCAAGGCCCUUCUCCCCCGAUUGCUGAGUUUGGCCGGGCGGAGAGCUCUAGGAAGAGUCUUGGUGGUUCCAAACUUCUUCCAUUUAGGAAUGAUGGAGGCCACUGCGUUCUUGGGGACCUUCAAUGCUGCAGAAAUGUUUUGGUACCCUUCCCCAGAUCUGUGCCCCGACAUAAUCCUGUCCCGGAGCUCUACGGACAAUUCCUUCAACCUCAUGGCUUGGUUUUUGCGCUGAAAUGCACUGUCAACUUAGAUUGUAAACUGUCAUGGUCAAAACAUAUAGAUUCAAUGGUUGUAAAGAUGGGGACAGGUCUAUCUGUAAGAAAGAGAUGCUCUGCUUUUUUGACACCACACUCCAAAAAGCAAGUCCUGCUUGCUCUAGUUUUGUCUUGUAUUGAUUAUUGUCCAGUCGUGUGGUCAAGUGCUGCAAGGAAAGACCUAGUUAAGCUGCAGCUGGCCCAGAACAGAGCGGCACGUCUUGUUCUUCAUUGUAAUCAGAGGGCUGAUAUAAAUACUAUGCAUGCCAGUCUCUCUUGGUUAAGAGUUGAGGAAAGACUGACCAAAUUGUUUGCAUAGUCAACUUACACACAGCGCUGACACACACUUACCCCACCAGACAUGCCACCAGGGGUCUUUCCACAGUCCCCAAAUCCAGAACAAAUUAAAGAAAGCGUACCGUAUUAUAUAGAGCCAUUUUUGCAUGUGUAUGUAUUGAUAUGUAGGCCCGUGUGCCUUUUGUACAAAACAAAACAAAUAUGUAGUUCUGUCCUUGAGCUGUUGUCUAUUAAUGUUCUGUAUUAGGUCAUGUCCCAUGUUUUGUGUUGACCCCAGGAAGAGUAGCUUCUGCUUUUGUAACAGCUAAUGGGGGAUCCUAAUAAAAUACCAAAAAAAUACCAAAAACUGUGGGACCUUAUAUAGACAGGUGUGUGCCUUUCCAAAUCAUGUCCAAUCAAUUGAAUUUACCACAGGUGGACUCCAAUCAAGUUGUAGAAACAUCUCAAGGGUGAUCAAUGGAAACAGGAUACACCUGAGCUCAAUUUUCGAGUCUCAUAGCAAAGGGUCUGAAUACUUAUGUAAAUAAGGUGUUUUUUGUUUUUAAUAAAUUUGCAAAAACUUUCGAAAAAACCUGUUUUCACUUUGUCAUUAUUGGGUAUUGCGUGUAUAUUGCUAAGGAUUUGUAUUUAUUUAAUCAAGUUUAGAAUAAGGCUGUAACGUAACAAAAUUAGGAAAAAGUCAAGGGGUCUGAAUACUUUCCGAAGGCACUGUAUGCCUCACUGGUGUCCUCCUAGUUCCCACUGGCUGCCCUUUCCUUAUUCUCUGUGAUCACAGCCAGAAAGACUCUGCACUGGAACCUUCCAGACAGGAAAAUAUGUCUGUGGAAUUUAUUCAAAGCAAGCCAAAUACUGCUGCUACACAAUUGAUUGAAUAUGCAGAUAGUGCAGUUCAGAUAUUGAUUAAUGAGGAAACUUCCCUGCAGAUUCCGCCUGGCCCUACGUCAAAUAAAAUACUUUUUGAAUUUCUGCAUGUGAGUGUGUCCGUUUGUGCCUGUGUUUUGCUGUGUGUUUAUGUCCUUGUCUCUGUGUGCGUGUGUGUGUGUGUCGUAGGGCUGGGCGAUAUAUCGUGAAUACCGGUAUGGUACCACAUACCAGUAUGGAUUUUUACAAUACCGUCUAACGAUAUUUUGAUACAGUGCUAAACUAAAUGAAAAGUUCCACAGACUACUGUCACUUUUGUCCUAGUGUGGUUGAACAUAAAACCAUCAGAAUGGAGAAAUCCCAUUAAAACCACUUAGAAUUCAUUUGUUGCCUUCCUACUCAUAAAACAUAUUUAGAACUUGUAUUAUUCAGAAACAUAAAUACUGUCAAAUACCGCCAUUAUAUUAUAUUUUGCCCAUAUCGCCCAGCCCUACGUGUGUGUGUGUGUGUGUGUGUGUGUGUUUCUCUGUAAGUGUGUGUUGUAAUUGUGCUGUGUUCUGCUCUAGCUCUGCGGAGUCUGAGGAGUUAGCGGUGCACCUGUACCCUGGAGCCGUCACCGUACAGGGAGUCCUACGACGCAAA